AUGUCAAAUCCAGUAAUUGAUUCCAACGUCAGAACAUAUCGCUUUAAACGCAAGAAAUAUCCUUUCUUCAUGAACACAGAUGCCUCAAUUUGCCUGAAAUUCAUUACGAAGCAAAAAAAUGUCCCAGAGCCAAUUGUGAACUUAGUGAGAGAGCUAAUUGAAUUCAACAGCUCUAAGGAAUUUAAAAGUUUACGGGACGUCUAUGAGCAGGACUUCCAUGCACACGUGCUUGCAACAAUUUCUAGCGGGUCAAUAAUAAAGAGCACAAUGGCAAAAGGUUAUAUGAUGCAGACGAAUGAAAUCUUGAACGGUACAUUAGGAAAGCAAGGCAAGAAAAAUGAAGAUGACGAGGAUGCAAUGCAGGAAAAUUUUAAUAUCGACUCUAAUCAAAUGCAUAGUGAUGAUGAAUUUACGGAACGAAGUCCAACACGCAAAAAUAAUCUAAAAGGAAACUAG